AUGGCUGCUCCCGCCGCACCCAAGGCAGCAUUUGAAAGGAUCGUAGAAGCACUUGGUCAUCAACAGAUAAUCGCUCAUGUGGAUGUCUUUAACGCUACGCUCCUCGUCUACGAUGUGAUAAUCAAUCUCCCCCUCGAGAUUGAGCUCGUUUGGAAGAGAAAAUGGUCAUAUUUGACUGUUUUGUACAUCCUUCAACGUUAUAUCCCAUUUUUCGACACCGCCGGGGUGACUCUUCACCAUCACUUUGGAACCAACUUGAGCCCUCAUACUUGCACCUUGGACUACAGCAUAGCCGCAUGGUCUUACGUCGUCGGGAUCGUCUUGUCUGAAAUCCUUCUAACUCUCCGUGUUUGGGCGGUCUGGGAGAGGAGCACACCGGUGGCUAUAGGGCUUGUUGUAUACUUCCUCGCUUGCUGGGUACCUUGUUAUGUUUUCUUGGCACAAUUCUUGAGCGCCAUGGAAUUCGCCGUUCUGCCAUUCCCUAAUUUUCGCGGAUGCUUCAUUUCGGGUGGAAGCCACGUUCUAUACUUGUGCUGGGUGUUGUUGAUGGUGUAUGACACUGGUACAUUGAUAAUGAUUCUUAUUCCUGGAAUCUCAGCAUAUCGGAGGGGAGGAAGAUCCGAACUCGUCAAGACUGUAUACCGAGACGGUGUGGUUUAUUAUGCGUUAAUAUUCUUAAUCUCGACGAUUAAUGUGAUUAUCGUCCUUACUCUUCCGGCCGACCUCGUCCAUCUUUUAUCUUCAUUUGAGCGUGUAUUACACUCCCUCCUUACCAGCCGCGCAAUCCUUCAUAUCCGUCAGGUAGCCCUUGGGCAAUCUACUCAUCAAUCACUAUCAUCAAGCGAAAUGAGCACGGACAUCUCACUUUCUUCCCUUGCGCACAAAGUUCAUGUGAACGUGUAA